CGAUCAACGGAUACAAUUGCCUUCCAGCGAGAACUCCAGAUGUUGCGGAAGUUUGAGAGCGAAAAUGCGCACGAGCAUCUGAUUUCGCUGCUCACAACCUGGGGCCAGAAAGGAUUCUUUUACUUCCUCUUUCUGUGGGCUGAGUGCGAUUGAGUCAGGUACUGGAAGAUCCACAAGAAGCCAGAAAUGAACAUAGAUCUCGUGCGGUGGGUUGCAAGGCAGACAGCAGGCAUGGCCGCCGGUCUUGCAAGAAUCCACGAGUACCCAGGAAAGGUCGAUGGCAACAUGGAAAACGCUGUAAAGUACGGACGCCAUGGAGAUAUCAAGCCGGAGAAUAUUCUGUGGUUUCGAAGCUCAGAAGAGGAUCUAGGAAGGCUCGUGAUAUCGGACUUCGGACUUGGCGUUUUCAACAGCAAGAGAAGCCGGUCUAACAUUCCCAACGACUCUGGCAUAGGUCGAACACCUACGUACCGCCCACCAGAGUGCGAUAUCGAGGGUGCUAUGAUCUCCCGAUCAUGGGACAUAUGGACUCUUGGAUGUGUUUACGUCGAGUUUGUUACAUGGCUGCUGGGAGGGUGGGAACUUUCCGAACAUUUUGCUGAAUGGCGAAUGACGACAUCUUCGAUCUGCGGCCAGGACUUCAAGUCCGAUAUCUACUUUGACAUUGUAGAAGUUCGUGUCCCAAAAGACGAUGACACCUCAUCAAGGAGUAUGGGUGCUAUGGUGAAACCAGCGGUGACUCGGUGGUUUGACGGGCUUCACAAUGAUCGAGGCUGUUCUCAGUAUACCCAUGAUAUUUUGAGAUUGGUUCAAGACAAGAUGUUGAUUGUCGAAUCCGCAGUGAGGAAAAGAGCGACAUGCAAGGAAGUAUAUGAGGAAUUGCGACGCAUUCAGAGACGAUGUGUGGAGAGCAAAGGCUAUUGCGUAAAGCCCGUUCCGUUCCCUCUACCAGCGGCUAGUGGAGAGACUCCUGCCGUCAAGAUUAGACUCAACGACAAUGCGCUGGAUACGAUCAAGAGAAAUCAUCCAAGGUUGCGCACUCAUCAGGGCCGCACAGAGGAACCGCCAAAAGCUAGAGGUGGAUAUGGUGAUAAACUUCUAGCUCCCACAAAAGUAGCAUUGUAUUGAGAGACUACUGGUACUUUGGACCUAGAAAUACCUGUCAUAAUCUGCGACGCAAAUAUCACACGAUUAAGAUUAUCUCUCAUAAUUAUCUACUCAUCACCGACCUCAAUAUUUGAUCCCACGGGUAUGCUAGGUGCGCGUCUCGUGAAAGUCUCCCUGGUCCCUCACCCCUUCAUUGUCUGACGUGACA